UGCUGUGAGCUGCAGCAGAGUGAAGUCCUCUGUCCGCUGCUCGGAACGGAAGAUGAAUCUCUCGUCUUCCUGUCCCUCCCCGCCUUCGGUCGGGGAAGCUCCACAGACUGCAGCUGGUACUGCUUUGACCGCUGCAGUUCGACCAGCUUCAACAUUCAGCCCUCUCAGCACAGUAAUGGAUCACAGUGAGGCCUUUGAGGGGCCAGUACCAGGCAGAAUACCUUCUAGUCCUGCCUCUAGGACAUCUGUGGGUGCCAAGGGACAAGCAGCACAGAGUGUUCAAAGUCCCAAAGUAACAAUAACGCCCUUCCACAACUCCCACAUAGUCGGCAACAAUGCAGCUCGGCGUAGCAGACGACCAGUAGCUCCUGGGAAACCGCUCGCAUCUCCUGACAGCUUGUUUCUGGGCACAUCUGGACAGCUCACUGCUGCAUCUGUCAGAGAAAAACCUGCUGCCACUGGCACCACCACUGCUGCUUCUGUUACAGCUGUGAACUCAGAGAACCAGACUCCCAGUUCAGGCUCUGCAGGAGCCACAGCAACACAAAAAACACAAGCAAGUCCUCUUAUUGCCAAGCCUGCAGGCAAGAAAGCAUCUAAGUUGGCUCUGACAGUCCCACAGAGGGCGGGACUGCCAUCUAACACCGAGCUUCAUCACAGCCAGAAAGGCGAGAGCCAGGAGAAGAAAGCUUUCUCCACCUCUGUCAAACCUCGGGCUGCUGUAAAGAGGAAGAAAAGGAAGAUGGGAAUGUACAAUCUGGUUCCUAAAAAGAAGGUCAAGACUGUUAAACAGCAGGAAAAGAAAGAGGAGCCGGGAGCCUGUGUGGAGAAGAAACAGACUGCAGUAGAAGAAAAUCCUGUGGUUGUACCAGAGACUGUGAAGGCUGGAGAACAGUCAGCUGUCGUGAAUGAAGUCCAAGUGGGGGAAGUGGAGUCUGAAGAAGGCAGCCAUGUUGAAUACACAGAGCUGGCUUUGGACUGUCUGGACCUAAAAGCUCAGGAGGAACUGCUCUCCCCUCCUCUGUCAGGAGUAGCAGCAGAUGCUGAGGUGACAGAAACAGACCUGGCUGAGGAGUUACCGCUGUGCUGCUGUCGUAUGGAGACGCCGAGGAGUGGAGGAAGCCUGUCUGCACCGGAUCAGACCUGCAUGGCGAUGGAGAGCGUAGAUGGAAUGCUGAGUCGUUGUCAGAGGCGAGUGAUGAAGGAGGAAAUGAUGAGACCCUCCAACACGGUCCAUCUGCUGGUUCUGUGUGAGGACCACCGUGCCGGCAUGGUCAAGCACCAGUGCUGCCCUGGUUGUGGACUUUUCUGCAGGGCGGGCAGCUUCAUGGAGUGCAGGCCGUACGGCAGCAUCUCUCACCGCUUCCACCGUGACUGCGCCUCCAUCUUGAAGGAUCACAGGUUUUGCCCCCACUGUGGAGAGGAUGCUAGUGGGGCAAAAGUAGUUACAGUACCGAAGGCUGAUCAGUCGCCUUCUGUGCCCAGAUCCAACCCGGGGCCGUCCCUCCCUGCCGUACCCACUGUGGCCACUCUGCCUUCAGUCCCAACCACAUCUGCUGUCCCACAGAUACUCAGAGCUAAGAAGACUAGUGAGCCUCAGAGGGGCAGAGAUGAGAGCCAGAGCAGGUUAAGUGAUGAAGAUGUGUGUGCUGCAGACAGACUUUCUAAAGAGUCACUGGAGAGCAUCCUGAUGGCACUGGAUGAUGAGAACUUGAAACCAAAGAAGGUCAAGUACCCCACCAAGCAGCUGUACAUCUCUGCAAAACAAGGGGACCUCCAGAAGGUCAUUCAUCUUUUAGUUGAUGGGAAGGAUCCUAACUUUUUGAUGGAGGGCCAAAACAAACGUACUCCACUUCAUGCAGCAGCUUCUGAGGGUCACCAGGAGAUAUGCCACAUGCUCGUCCAGGCUGGAGCCAACCUGGACAUGUUUGAUGAGGAGCAGAGAACACCACUGAUGGCAGCCUGUGAAAACAACCAUCUGGACAUUGUGAAAUACAUUCUAAGAGCUGGAGCAUCCAUCAGUCACAAGGAUAUCAUGGGUUUCACCUGUCUGCAUCUGGCAGCUAAACUGGGACAUUAUGACAUAGUCAAUCAUCUGCUCUCCAAGGCAUCCAAACACAUCAACUGUCAGGAUGAUGGAGGGUGGACUCCCAUUACCUGGGCUAUUGAGUACAAGCACAAGGAGCUGGUCCAUCUGCUGCUGGCCAGAGGGGCCGAUGUUAACAUCAGAGACAAGGAAGAGAAUGUCUGCCUGCACUGGGCAGCGCUGUCAGGCUGCGAUGACAUUGCCCAGGCUCUGCUGGAGGCUCAGUGUGACCUUAACGCCGUCAACAUUCAUGGCGACUCACCACUUCAUGUUGCUGCCAGAGAACAGCACCUGGAGUGUGUGAUGUUGUUUUUGUCUCGUGGUGCCGACAUUAGUCAAAGGAACAGGGACGGAGAGACAGCUCUGGACUGCUGCAAAUGUGGCUCCAAAGUGUGGAUGGCUCUCAACACCAACAAGAAGCUGACUGAUGCCAGGAGAGGACAGGAAAGACAUGGAGAGAAAGUGCUCAACAGGGACAUUUCUCGAGGGUACGAGGCAGUUCCUAUCCCCUGUGUUAAUGGAGUCGACAGCGAGCCAUGCCCUGAAAACUUUAAAUACAUCCCAGACAGCUGUGUCACCUCCCCUCUCAACAUUGACAGGGACAUCACUCACUUACAGCACUGCAGCUGCGCAGAUGACUGCUUAUCCAGCACCUGCAUGUGUGGUCAGCUCAGUCUGCGCUGUUGGUAUGACAGUGAGGGUCGACUACCUUUGGACUUCUGUCAGAGGGAGCCUCCGGUGCUGUUUGAGUGUAACCAUGCCUGCUCCUGCUGGAGGACCUGCAGGAACCGUGUGGUCCAGAAUGGACUGAGAGCCCGACUGCAGCUCUUCAGAACAAAGAAGAUGGGCUGGGGAGUGAAGGCCAUGCAGGAUAUCCCUCAAGGAACAUUCAUUUGCGAGUAUGUAGGGGAGAUCAUCACUGAUGCAGAGGCAGACAAAAGAGAGAAUGACGCUUUCCUCUUCACCCUUGACAAUAAGGUGGGGGACAUCCAUUGUAUUGACGCGAGACUCUUUGGCAACAUCGGUCGUUUCAUCAACCAUCUGUGUGAGCCCAACCUGCUGGCUGUGAGGGUGUUCACCAUGCACCAGGACCUACGCUUCCCUAGGAUAGCCUUCUUCUCCAGUAAGCCCAUUAAAGCUGGAGACCAGAUAGGAUUUGAUUAUGGCGAUUCGUACUGGAGGAUAAAGAGCAAGUCCUUCAGCUGCCAGUGUGGCUCUCUCAAGUGUCGCCACUCAGCUGCCAGCCGAUAGACUCACAGACAACCUCUGAUCCCUUUUUUAUCACUGUCAGUGUUUUCUUUAGCGUGAGCUCCUUUGGGAACAUGAAUUUUUCUGAUGUGUAAUUAGUAAUUAAAUUCUUAAAACAUC